ACCCCUUCUGUUCAAAUGGGGUAUCGCAUAUUGUUGUUUAAGUCCUUAUAUGAUGACGUCACAGACGUGAGUCUAGUUUUGCAGCGGCAGCAGGGAAGAGCAUGCGGUCAUGGCUCCUGCUCCUUGAUUUAAGUUGGUUUGAAGGCACUUUCGUUUUACGUUACUCCAUGGACAGCAGUAAAUCUUGAAAAGCAUUAUUGAGUCUGUCGUCUUUGGGGGGCGUUAUCUGACUGCAUACUCGAGCAAGGCGUUUGAGAUAAAGGGCAGUACAGUAAAACGAAAGCUCUUCGGUGAUCGACCUCCAGUAUCAAACUCCACGGCGGGGAGCUAGGCAGCUCAUAAGGUGACCUUUUCUUCUACAAUGUCUAAGUCAAGCUGCAAGUCUGGAUUACAGAGGCAAGCAUCUAAUGCAUCACGUUCGUCACAGCACUCACGUGGCUCAUCGACUGUAAUCACAGCCGCAGCUGCGAUGGCUAGAGCAGAGGCCGAGGCGGCUAAAGCGGAAAUAGCUUUUGCGAAGAAAGAGGGCAAACUGAAAAUACAACAAGCACAGCUUCAGGAAUCAUUAGACACUUUAAGGCUGGAAAAAAAGGUUGCAGCUAUACAAGCGAAGGCCGAGGCCUUAGAAGCAGCUGCAGAGCAAGAAAGUAGAGAAAAUUCGAGUAUAAUAGAGUUACCUAUAGAGGACAUACAAGAACGCAUGCAGGCUUACUUAGCGGAACAAGCAGAUAGAGUCGUGGACAUACAAAUGCCGGUGCUAGAUGGGCCAUUUCAUGAUAACGGACGCACAAACGUCUCCGAAUCGCAACAAACACAGACUACUGUGCUACAGCAGGAAGGGCAGCAUAGUCUUUAUGGCACACCACCCAAGUCUCAGUUUGUCAAUACAGAGGGCGCGCGGUACCCUACCAUUCCACAAUCUACAGAUAUAGACUUUACACGCUCAGCCCAUCAUGACACGUAUUUCAGGUUACCUCAGGAUAUGUAUCACUCAAGUUCUUCGGCAUUUCAAGGCAACGAGGAAAGGAGCGGAGACAGGCGAGUGACAUUCGACUAUUCUCCAACCCAGUCAGUUACACCCUUACGAGUUGGACCGUAUCAAGGCAAUCCUCAUGCAGAUAACCAAAUGUCUGAUGUCGUCAAGUUUCUUGCAAGACGCGAAUUAGUGUCCACCGGCCUAACACAGUUUAAUGAUCGUCCAGAAACUUUCAGAGCAUGGCGGGCAUCCUUCAUAAAUGUCACUAAACAACUUGACCUCUCACCUAGCGAGGAGAUGGACUUGCUAGUAAAAUGGCUGGGAUGCGAGUCAGCCGAACAUGUAAAACGGAUCAGAGCUGUGCACAUUAAUCAUCCACUACAUGGGCUCAGUUUGAUUUGGGACAGACUUUAUGAAACGUAUGGCUCGCCGGAAAUGGUGGAAAGCGCUCUAUUUGGGAAACUGGAGAGCUUCCCAAAAAUAUCAAACAGAGACAAUCACAGAUUGCGUGAGCUGGGAGAUCUGCUCAUGGAGAUCCAAGCAGCUAAGCAGGAUGGCGAUUUGAUGGGUCUUUCCUAUCUAGACACACCACGGGGAGCGAAUCCCAUAAUACAGAAAUUACCGUACAGCUUACAAGAAAAAUGGCUCACAGCCGGAUCUAAGUACAAAAAGGACUACAGAGUCUCUUUUCCACCAUUCAGGUUUCUAGUAGACUUCGUGUGCCAGCAAGCUAAAAUGCGCAACGAUCCAAGCUUCUUCCUCACAGCAGUACAGGAAGAAUCGUCCAAACCAAACAGACAAUCAAACAAAACGGUUUUCCGCAGAGCCGUCGCCACACACAAGACUCAGGUCUCUUCUGAAAGUUCGUCAGCUGCCAGUGAACGAAAAAAUAAAGUAAACCCAGCAAAACAGUGCUUCAUACACAAUAAGCCUCAUCCUCUGUCCAGAUGUAGAGGAUUCAGGAUGAAACCUAUGGAAGAGAGAAAGCUUUUGCUUAAACAACAAGGCAUAUGCUUCAAAUGUUGCAGCUCCAUAGCACACAUGGCAAAGAACUGUGAUCAGGCUGUCAAGUGUUCAGAAUGCAACAGCAUUUCCCACAUGGCAGCACUCCAUCCAGGUCCAGCACCAUGGACCAGAGAACCACAAUUCCCUACUUCAGAAGAUCACAAAGAGAGUGAGGACGUACCUGUGGAAUCCGAGGUUUCCUCAGCUUGCACGGAGGUAUGCGGAGACAGUCAACUUCCACGCUCAUGCUCCAAGGUUUGUCUAGUGAAAGUAUUUCCUGAGAGCCACCGUGAGAAAGCACUCAAAAUGUACGCUAUAUUAGACGAUCAAAGUAACAGAUCGCUGGCAAGAUCAGAAUUCUUCGAUCUGUUUGGCAUUACCGAGUGUAGUGUAGCCUAUACUCUCAAAACAUGCGCAGGCACAGUCGAAACUGAAGGCAGACAAGCACGAGGCUUUCAAGUAGAAUCCUUUGACGGAAGCAUAGUCUUGCGCCUACCAGUGCUCCUUGAGUGUAAUGAAAUUCCGGACAAUCGUUCCGAAAUCCCCACUCCAGAAGUGGUUAGGAACCACAGACACCUAAAACAUCUUGCGAGGUACAUUCCAGAGCCAGACCAUCACAUUCCCAUUUUUCUCCUGUUAGGCAGAGAUAUGAUCAGAGUCCACAAAGCCCAUAAGCAGGUGAACGGCCCACCGAAUGCUCCCUUUGCGCAAAAGUUGGACUUAGGAUGGGUCAUCGUUGGAGACAUGUGCCUUGGGAAAGUUCAUAAGCCUACCUUCAUCCAAAGUUACCACACCAACAUUAUGGAAAAUGGUCAGUCUACAUAUUUUCACCCGUGUCCUAACAAUUACACUAUAAAAGAUAGGUUCCAAAGCGUAUCAUUCACCAAGUCUCUUAUCAAGGAGGAGACUCAAGGACUAACAGAAUUGGAUGUAUUUCAGAGGACAAAAGACGAUGAGAAAACAGCUCUGUCAAUAGAGGACAGACAGUUUCUGCAGAUCAUGGACCGAGAAGUCUAUAAAGACGAGGAAAAUUCAUGGGUUGCACCACUCCCAUUCAGACAGCCAAGGCAGUAUAUCCCGAACAAUCGUCCACAAGCUGUGGAACGUUUCAAUUCGCUUCUACGAUCUUUCAGGAGGAAGCCCGAGAUGAAAAAGGACUUUGUAGCCUUUAUGGAAAGAUUGUUUCAAAAUGACCAUGCAGAAAUAGCUCCUUCAGUUGGUCCCAAUGAACAGUGCUGGUAUUUACCUUCCUUUGGCGUAUACCAUCCGAGAAAGCCAUCCCAGAUCCGAGUGGUCUUUGACUCGAGCGCUCAAUGCAAAGGUGCAUCACUGAACAAGGUUCUCUUGUCGGGUCCUGACCUCAACAACAGUCUCCUUGGAGUCCUCAUGCGUUUUCGCAAAGAGCCUGUUGCCUUCACAGUGGACGUACAACAAAUGUUCCACUGCUUCAAAGUUCGGUCUGCAGACAGGAACCACCUUAGGUUUCUCUGGUUUCGAGAAAAUAACCCAGAGAAAGAGGUCACGGAAUAUCGUAUGAAGGUACACGUAUUUGGAAACAGUCCCUCUCCGACAGUGGCCAUUUACUGUCUCCGUCGUGCAGCUCAAGAAGGAGAAAAGGAAUUCGGUCAAGACGCCCGACAGUUCGUAGAGCAGGACUUUUAUAUGGAUGAUGGAUUGAAAUCCUUACCCUCCUCAGAGAUGGCCAUAGACCUUCUAAAGAGGACACAGAACAUGUUGGCUGAGUCUAAUUUGAAGUUGCACAAAUUAGCUUCAAACAGCAAGGAGGUUAUGAGAGCUUUCCCAUCUGAGGAUUACGCAAAUUCACUGAAAGAACUGGAUUUAGGUGUUGGCUCACUUCCUAUGCAACGAAGUCUUGGCUUGCUUUGGAAUUUGGACACAGACUGCUUCAAUUUCCAUGUCCAACAGGAUAGUAAACCUUAUACUAGGCGUGGAUUGCUGUCUGUAAUCAACAGUUUGUACGAUCCACUAGGAUUUGUGGCCCCUAUCACGAUUCAAGGCAAGGUACUACUGCGAGAGCUAACUGAGAAUGUUGCUGAGUGGGAUGCGCCCUUACCCGCAAACAAACGAAAAGUGUGGGAGAAAUGGAGAGGGUCAUUGCAAGAACUGCAACAUGUACAAGUCCCAAGAAGCUACGGGCCCACAUCACUGUCAGAAGCUAAGUCCAAGGAGCUCUGUGUGUUUUCUGACGCUUCCGAGCGAGUGAUCGCAGCAGUUGCUUACCUGAAAACAGUCGACUCGGAUGGUAGCUGUCACAUGGGGUUCAUCGCAGGCAAAUCAAGGUUAGCGCCACAACCAGAGCUCACUAUACCUCGUCUGGAACUCUGUGCAGCCGUCUUAGCUGUGAACAUGAUGGAAACGAUCACUGCAGAGAUUGCUGUCAAAUUUGAUGAGAUUACCUUCUUUACGGAUAGUCGAGUGGUCCUCGGAUAUAUCUACAACGAGAAACGUAGAUUUCAUGUCUACGUAAGCAACCGUGUACAAAGAAUCCGAAACAGCAGCAAUCCAGAACAAUGGAAGUAUGUGAGCUCAGAGCAGAAUCCAGCUGAUGUUGCAACACGACCAAUAGCUCCAACCAAAUUGCAGGAGACCAUAUGGUUCAGCGGACCACCAUUCUUACAUCAUCCAAAAGCAGAGACCUUACCUAAGGAAUCCUUUGCACUUGUUGAUCCUGAUCGAGAUUCAGAAGUUCGUCCAGAGGUUACAGUGUUGUAUACCACUGUCUCAAAUCGCUUUGAACGCUUUUCAGACUGGAGCCGGCUAGUCAGAGCUGUUGGGAAGCUGAUUCAUAUUGCACGCUCUUAUAAGCAAUGUCAAAAAGACACUUCUCAGGUAUGCAAAGGAUGGCACUGUUGCAAACUUCCUUUAAAUGCUGACAUAAUACUCCAGAGCGCAGAAGUUGUCAUACGAGCAGCACAACAGGAAACUUAUGCUGACGAGUUGCAGCACCUUAAACGGAAUGAACCACUUUCUAAAACUAGCACAAUUCGAAGUCUGGAUCCCUUCAUUGAUAAAAGUGGAUUGUUGAGGGUCGGAGGUCGUUUGGAUAAAGCAGAUCUAAGUUCUGAGGAAAAAAGACCCCUCAUCAUACCCGGCAAGAAUCAUGUAGCGUUGCUUCUAAUACGACACUUUCAUGAGCAGACGCAUCAUCAGGGUCGACACUUCACCGAAGGGGCGAUAAGAUCUGCUGGCUAUUGGAUAAUUGGAGUCAAAAGGCGUGUGAACAAUCUCAUCCAUUCCUGUGUUAUAUGCCGCAAACUCAGGAGGGGCUGCGAGACUCAGAAGAUGGCAGAUCUGCCUAUCGACAGGCUUAGCACAGAGCCUCCCUUCACACAUGUGGGAUUAGAUGUGUUUGGUCCCUGGUCUGUAUCUGCCCGUAGGACGAGAGGCGGUUGCGCAGAAAGCAAAAGAUGGGCAGUCCUAUUCACAUGUUUAAGCAUCAGAGCGAUUCAUAUAGAAGUGAUCGAGUCCCUGGACUCCUCCAGUUUCAUUAAUGCUUUAAGGAGGUUUCUGGCAAUCCGGGGUCCAGUGAAACAGAUUCGCUCCGAUAGAGGCACUAAUUUCAUUGGAGCUUGUAAAGAUUUGCAGAUUUUUUCCAAUGUCAAUGAAAAGGCGGUGAAACAAUUCUUGUCAGAUCACGGCUGCAUGUGGACAUUUAAUCUUCCGCAUUCAUCUCACAAGGGGGGCGCAUGGGAAAGGAUGAUCGGCAUUGCGCGCAGGAUCUUGGAUUCUAUGCUUCUACAGAUAAAGUCCUCUAAACUCACACACGAGGUACUCUCCACCUUCAUGGCUGAAGUCACUGCCAUUAUAAACAAUAGGCCACUGAUACCCGUGUCAACCGAUCCAGCAGAUCCUUUCAUCCUAACACCUGCCACAUUACUUACCCAAAAGACUGAUACUAGCUCCGUUCCGACAGGGGAUUUCGGAAAACCUGAUCUGUACAAGCAACAGUGGCGCACAGUGCAAAGCCUUGCAAAUACCUUCUGGGACAGAUGGCGUAAACAGUACCUCUCUACUCUACAGCAGCGACGAAAAUGGCACCAUCAGCAACCCAACAUCUCCAAAGGAUGCAUAGUCCUGCUCAAGGACUCUCAGUCCAAACGGAACUAUUGGCCCCUGGGCAUCAUAACGGAAACUUACCCCAGCCAAGAUGGGCAAGUACGGAAAGUGCAAGUAAAGGUCAUUGGGAAAGAUGGACCUAAACUGUUUAUGAGACCUGUCAACGAGAUAGUACUCCUAAUUCAUGAAGAUUCUAAAUAG